AUGGAUACACUUGCUAGUUUUAAUGAAGAAGAUGAAUCAAUUCAGCGUUGUGAAUCUAAUAUUACACUUAUAGUUGAUGAGGUUACAUUUGGAAAAGGCACUCUGUAUGUCGCUGAAAGUAAACUUUAUUGGAAGAAUGGUGCUACUAAUCAAGUAGUUAGUAUUGAUUACAAAUCCAUGUGUGUAUUUGGUACAUGUAAUCAUCCAGUGGUACAUGAAAAGCCUUGUUUGCAAAUAAUUGUUGAUUUUGCUUAUAAACCUUCUGAUAGUAUACAACCUGAAAAUGGACAAAUCUUAAAUGGUGACAAUCAUAGUAAUGAAGAUGACAAUUCUGAAGAAGAUAAUGAAGACGAGGAAGAAGAAGAAAUGAAAUCUAAAAUAAAACUAGUACCCGAUAGUCCAGAAUGUCUAAAUGAAAUAUAUGAAGCAUUUACACGUGUCCAGCCAUUACAUAAUAGUAAUGAUGCAGACAGUGAAGAAGAAGCCGAAGAAGAAGAUUUUUAUUAUAAUGAAAAUGAUGAAUUUGAAGACUAUGAUGAAGAUGAUGCUGAACAAAUAUUGAGAAAUUAA